GCAAAACCGGCUCGCGCUACAGAAACAGAGUGACGGCCGCCGACGUCGAAUGCACCGGUUGUUGAUAAAAAUACGGUUCGAACGACAGGCAACCGCUCCUCCGCAACACAUUUACGGUUUUGUUAGGUUAGGAAACACAAAACUAUGGCCGGCACUUUAGCGAAAUUGUUUAGAAACGCCUCGGGACAGGUACCGUUGAGCAGAAAUGGAGUAUUAUCUGCCGCAGGAGACAGAACAUAUUCCAGUAGUAAUAGAAUUGUGGUGAAGAAUCCAAUUGUCGAGAUGGACGGAGAUGAAAUGACUAGAAUAAUAUGGCAGAAAAUUAAGGAAUCCCUAAUUUUCCCUUAUUUAAAGAUUGAAUGUUUGUAUUACGACUUAGGUUUGCCAUACAGAGAUCAAACGAAUGAUCAAGUGACUGUCGAUGCUGCCAACGCCAUCUUAAAACAUAAUGUCGGUAUUAAAUGUGCUACAAUUACUCCUGAUGAAGCCAGAGUUAAAGAGUUUAACCUGAAAAAGAUGUGGUUGUCUCCUAACGGAACUAUCCGUAACAUCCUUGGCGGUACAGUAUUUAGAGAACCAAUUUUGUGCAAAAACAUUCCGAAACUUGUACCUGGUUGGACUGAACCUAUUUGUAUAGGGCGUCAUGCACAUGGUGAUCAAUACAAAGCAGUUGAUUUAGUUAUUGAUAAGCCUGGAACGGUAGAAAUAGUGUACACUCCAGAUAACGGCGAAAAACGCACUCAUCUACUUUAUAAGUAUAAAGGACCUGGUGUAGCUAUGGGAAUGUACAAUUUGGAUGCUAGCAUCGAAGGUUUCGCCCGUUCAUCAUUCCAGAUGGCUCUUCAGAAACGCUGGCCAUUGUAUUUGUCGACCAAGAAUACUAUAUUGAAAAAAUACGAUGGAAGAUUUAAAGACAUAUUUCAAGAAAUUUAUGAAAAAGAAUAUAAAUCCAAAUUUGAAGCUCAGAAGAUUUGGUAUGAACAUAGAUUAAUUGAUGAUCAAGUAGCCCAAGCCUUGAAGUCUUCAGGUGGUUUUGUUUGGGCGUGCAAAAACUAUGACGGUGACGUUCAGUCUGAUAUUGUAGCCCAAGGUUAUGGUUCUUUAGGUAUGAUGACAUCAGUGCUCAUGUGUCCUGACGGUAAAACCAUCGAAGCGGAAGCUGCUCACGGCACUGUCACUAGACAUUACAGGAUGCAUCAGCAAGGGAAACCAACAUCCACCAACCCAAUAGCUUCAAUUUUCGCAUGGACCAGAGGUAUCGAACACAGAGGUAAAUUGGACGACACCCCCGAUGUUGUUAAAUUUGCCCAACGUCUCGAAAAGGCAUGCGUUGAUACCGUAGAAAGCGGAAAAUAUACUAAAGAUUUGGCAGCCUCUAUUGCGGGAGGAUUCGAUAAAGUUAAAGAUGGUAUGUUCCUAAAUACUCAAGACUUCUUGGAUGCCAUUGCUGAACAAUUGAAACGGACGUAAAACGGUCAGUGGAAAACGGAAUUAAGAUAAUUAAUGACUGAAACAUGUGCUUCAAACAUACAGAAGAUAGAGAAUCACAUCAUUUUUCCUAAAUAUAUUUUUACAAUAUUCACAUACUUUUCUUUAGUUGUCUAGGCGAUAACCGAUCUUUUUGUUACUAUUUGUUACGUAAUUGAAUAUAUAUUUUUUAAGAAA